AUACGUAGAAAGUAUUAUUUGCAUAAUAAUGUGACCUUGCACGACAUUAUUUAAUCCCUCUAUUAUUUCCUCUGACCUAGGAUCUAGAAGCAAAGAAAAACCUCACCACCACCCUUCUCUAAAUAAUGUCAAAAAAAUAAGAUUUAUUUAACUGUUAAAAUAGGACGACGAAAUCUUGUCGCCAUCCUUCCCGUCACCGAAUUUAUAAGAAAAACUCACACAAGCAAUAAAAGAGAGAUUCAAAAAUGGCCGCAACAGACUCAUAUAAUAAAGGAAACAAAUUAAAAUGCAAUUAUUAAUUUUGAAAAGCAUCGCAGAGACCAUAAAUAAACUAACAAAAUGUUGAAAUAACACAACGAACAAGAAUUAUUGUUUGUUUAGCCUUUCUUCAUAAGAAAAAUUAAUAUUUGCUUCCAAAAAAUAAGAACAAAAAAGCAAGUAAAUAAGAAAUAACAAAAAUGAAAAUAAACGUAACAAAUUUUGUUUUUAAUCAUAAAAAUUCUUAUAAAUAAAAUAAGAAAACACGAAAAAAACUGAAGUGGCGGGAUAAAAAAAAAAUAAAAAAAAUAUGUAAUAAAAUUUUAAAUUAAUUAUCUAUGUAAAUUAAAAUCAAUAAAUAGCAAAAAAAAAAUAAAUAAAUAAAUACACAUCGCAUCAGGUCGAUAGAAAAUAAAUUGCACCAAAAUAUAAAUAUGCGCGACUUAAAUUAAGAACUCUCAGUACAAACAUACAGAAUAUUAUAACUAAUCAAUAAUAAUAAUAAUAAAAAUAAUAAUAAAUUAUCGAAUAUUUUUUAGUUAGUGCAAAAAUAGUAUAAUUCAUAUAUUAAAUUCAAGAGAAAAAAAAAAUAAGACAGAAGUAAUCGUAAUUUCAAAUAUAAAUAAAUAGUAAUUUCUACCACAGUUCGCCUUAUUAGUGAUUUAAGUUUGAAAGAAAAAAUUUUAACAAAAAAUAAAACAUCAACAUAAAAUCAUGAAACAAUAAUUUGCAAGGGAAACUAUACUAUAUAAAUAUCGAAGUUAACUUUUAAGCAAAAUAAAAUUAAAUUUCUAAAGACGCACACAUACUCAAAAGCAAUAUAAACAAAAUAAUUUAUUUAAAAUAGAAAAAUAAAAAUAAACCACAGUAACAAUAAAAUUUUCAUCAAAUUAUUUUAGAAGAUUUAAGAAAGACCAACACAAAAAAAAAUAUAAAAAAAAAAAAAAAACAUAAACAAAUAAAAUCAAUAAAAUCAAUAAAACAAAAAACAGAAAACAAAAAGUUAACACUUAAUCACAAUUUACCAUGAUUGAUCCAAGCUCAAGUGAAGAGGAAGCUGAUGAUGAUCCAGGAGUAGGAAAGGGAAGUCGUUCCCAAGGUGGAGCAUCACAUAAACCAGGCGGUGCUGGUCACCAUGCCGGACCUGUGUUGGUAACGACAAAUUUAGAAGCUACGACGCAAAAUGGAGAUUUUACGCCACAUGGAUCACCACAUCAUGGUGGUGGCAGUGCCUUGGAGUCAGGUGGCUCAACGAUUGCAUCAACGUCAAUGGGUUCUGCACACCAUCCUGCAGGUAAAGCUCAUGCUGGAGGCGAUACUUCUGCUAGCCUCGAGGUACCAGGUGGUGCUGUUGCAAGUAGUAUGACACAUUCAUCAUUUAAAUCGAUAAAUAAAAAUAAAUCGAAUCAUAGAAAUAGUUUUAAUAAUCGAAUAUUAUCGCCAUCUAGUGGAAUGGCACAAGAAACACUUAGUCAAACUAUUGGCUCUUCAAAGGUGAAUUCACUACCUCGACCUCUGUCUCCUUCGCCAUCAGUUGUAAGCGAAAAAAAUGAUGGUGAUGUUGAGGAGAAACAUGAACGAGAAGAAGAGGAGCGAAAACGACGAAUUCAGCUCUAUGUUUUUGUAUCACGAUGUAUAUCUUAUCCUUUUAAUGCAAAACAACCGACAGACAUGACAAAACGACAAACAAAAAUAGUAAAACAUCAAUUAGAAUCAAUAACUGCAAGAUUUCAGGCUUUCCUGAAAGGUGAAACACAGAUAAUGGCGGAUGAAGCAUUUCAAAAUGCCGUACAAAGUUAUCACGAUGUCUUUUUAAAAUCGGAUCGCGUUCAGAAAAUGGUUCAAUCUGGUGCCUGUUCUCAACAUGAUUUUCGUGAGGUAUUUCGAAAUAAUAUCGAAAAGCGUGUGAGAUCCUUGCCGGAAAUCGAUGGCUUGAGUAAGGAAACCGUUUUGACGUCAUGGAUGGCGAAAUUUGAUAUUAUUCUGAAAGGAACCGGCGAGGAGGACACAAAACGACCAUCAAGGAUGCAACAAUCAUUGAACAGCGAAUUGAUUUUAUCGAAAGAGCAACUAUACGAUAUGUUUCAGCAGAUAUUGAGUGUAAAGAAAUUUGAACAUCAAAUCCUUUUCAAUGCAUUGAUGCUAGACUCAGCGGACGAACAAGCAGCGGCAAUUCGCCGAGAGCUAGACGGUCGCCUGCAACGAGUCAGUGAAAUGGAAAGGAAUCGCAAACUUAUGCCAAAAUUCGUACUUAAAGAAAUGGAAUCUCUUUACAUAGAUGAACUCAAAUCAUCAAUUAACUUAUUAAUGGCAAAUCUAGAAUCAUUGCCAGUUUCAAAAGGUUCCAUGGACUCCAAGUACGGACUGCAAAAGUUUAAGCGAUACAAUCACAGCACACCAUCAUUUUUCAAAAUGAUUCUGCGAUCCCAUGGAUCCUUGUCUAAGCUUGAGGGUGAUUCAGCUGAUAGUGAUGCACAAUUAUCAAAACUAGAUGUGGUUUUGACAUUUCAACUCGAAGUAAUUGUUAUGGAAGUUAAAGGCCUCAAAUCAUUAGCACCAAAUCGUAUAGUUUACUGCACGAUGGAAGUUGAAAAUGGUGAGAAACUUCAAACAGAUCAAGCUGAAGCUUCAAAACCGAUGUGGGACACCCAAGGUGAUUUUACAACGACACACCCUCUGCCAGUAGUAAAGAUUAAGUUAUAUACGGAAAAUCCCGGCAUGCUAGCCUUGGAAGAUAAAGAACUGGGAAAAUUUAUCAUCAAACCAACGCCUUUGUCUUCGAAGUCACCUGAAUGGCAUCGAAUGACAGUACCGAAAAAUCUUCCUGAUCAGGAUCUUCGAAUAAAGGUCGCAUGUCGAAUGGAGAGGCCACUCAAUAUGAAACAUUGCGGUUAUUUAUUCGCUAUCGGCAAAACUGUGUGGAAGAAAUGGAAAAAACGCUACUUCGUCUUAGUGCAAGUAUCUCAAUACACAUUUGCUAUGUGCAGUUACAAAGAGAAAAAACCUGAGCCAUCCGAGAUGAUGCAACUUGAUGGAUAUACUGUAGAUUAUAUUGAAGGAGCUAGUGCAAAUCUAAUGUUUGGAAUCGAUCUAAAUGGAGGAAGAUAUUUUUUCAAUGCUGUACGAGAAGGUGAUAGUAUCGCUUAUGCUUGUGACGAUGAAAACGAAUGCAGCCUUUGGGUUAUGGCUAUGUAUCGGGCUACUGGUCAAUCACAUAAACCAACACCUCCAGUAACACAAGAUAAAAAUUCAGCUAUUUCAAAAAUACAAGGAGAUGCCGAUAAAGCGAGAAAACAUGGCAUGGAAGAUUUUAUAAGUGCCGAUCCUUGUACUUUUGAUCAUGCAACGCUAUUUAAAAUUCUACAAAAUCUUACCCUCGAAUACCGACUUAACGAUCCUUAUGCUUCAUUGGGUUGGUUUAGCCCCGGAGAGGUAUUCGUAUUGGACGAAUACUGUGCACGAUACGGCGUAAGAGGAUGUUACCGACAUCUUUGCUAUCUGUCCGAUUUAUUAGAUCGCGCCGAAAAACAAUUUAUGAUUGAUCCAACUUUAAUUCAUUAUUCUUUUGCUUUUUGUGCGAGCCAUGUGCAUGGCAAUAGACCGGACGGUGUUGGUAGUAUAACUCACGAGGAAAAGGAGAAAUUCCAGCAAAUUAAAGAAAGACUGCGUGUGCUGCUCGAAUACCAGAUAACAAACUUUCGAUUUUGUUUUCCAUUUGGACGGCCUGAAGGUGCUCUCAAGGCAACUUUAUCAUUGCUGGAAAGGGUUCUUAUGAAGGACAUAGUGACGCCGGUUCCACCAGAAGAGGUAAGACAAAUGAUCAAGAAGAGUCUAGAAACAGCCGCAUUAGUCAACUACACAAGAUUAUCAUCAGAAGCGAAAAUCGAAGAGGAUCUUCGUGGUGAAAUGAUUGUGCCACCAGCUAAAAAGCUUGAAGAUCUAAUACAUUUAGCUGAAUUAUGUGUGGAUUUACUGCAGCAAAACGAAGAACAUUAUGCAGAGUUACGCAAAAAUGAUCCGGAUCAAAAAGAUGCAGCUGCAGCUGCAGCUGAUGGUAAUGAUCCCAACGCCGCAGCCAAUCAAGCAGCUGGAAAUUCGUCGUCAUCAGGAGGAGCUUCUGGAUCAGGACAAGUAACUAAUGCCCAAGCAGCUCAACCGCCACCAUUUCGAUACUGCAUGCCAACUCAUGCGGUCUAUACUGCUCCAGUACCAACGGCAUUUGCAUGGUUCAGUGAUCUACUUGUUGAACAUGCCGAGAUCUUCUGGUCCCUUUUUGCCGUCGACAUGGAUCGUGUGUUAUCCGAACAGCCUCAAGAUACAUGGGAUUCAUUUCCAUUGUUUCAAAUACUUAACGAUUACUUAAGAACGGAUGAUAAUUUAAAAAAUGGUCGGUUCCAUCAACAUUUACGAGAUACAUUUGCGCCAUUAGUUGUACGUUAUGUUGAUUUAAUGGAAUCAUCAAUAGCACAAUCAAUACAUAAAGGAUUCGAAAAGGAAAGAUGGGAAAGCAAAGGACUGCAGAGCUUAGUCAAAAAAGAAAAAGAUAUUGCCUUUUACAUACCCAAGCUACGUAAUGUCGUGGAAGAGCCAACGAGCAAUGGUUGUGCGACUUCAGAAGAUCUCUUUUGGAAACUAGAUGCCUUACAAUCGUUCAUACGUGACCUUCAUUGGCCAGACGCAGAAUUUCGACAACAUUUGGAGCAGCGUCUAAAAUUGAUGGCAUGUGAUAUGGUGGAGCAGUGCUUGCAGCGCUCAGAUGCUGCAUUCCAGUCGUGGCUUAAAAAGAACGUGGCCUUUAUAUCGACAGACUACAUAAUACCUUCAGAGAUGUGCGCAAUGGUUAAUGUGAUAUUAGAUGCUAAAAACCAAAGCUUUAAACUAUGCACAAUCGAUGGUGUAGACUUGUACAAAUAUCAUUCAAAAAUUGAUGAUCAAAUAGACAAGGCCAAUGUAGCAAUGACACAAGGCCUUAUUGGUAAACUUAUGUCUGUCUUAGAUUCAACGUUAUCAAAAUUGUCACGAUACGAUGAAGGUAGUUUAAUUGGAUCUAUUCUUAGUUUUACAAAUGUUUCGAGUUCGGGUAAAGAUCUCGGUCAAGGCUAUGUGAAUUUUUUUCGCAAUAAUAUGGAUCAAAUACGUGGCAAAAUAAGUGAUGAUCUAUGGACACUUAAUUUCUUCGAACAAUGGUACACGCAACAGAUUAAUAUGCUUUGUAAUUGGCUCUCUGAACGACUUGAUCAUUCUUUACACUAUGCUCAGUGCACGUCUUUAUCACACAUAGUCAAAAAAAUAUAUUCUGACUUCGAGCUGCAAGGUGUAAUGGAAGAUAAACUUAAUUCCAAAGCCUAUCAAACUGUUGCGCAGCGAAUGGCGACCGAAGAAGCUACAUGUGCGCUUACAAUGCCAGAAGGUGCCGAAGGUGAAGAAAUGCUUGACGAAGUCGAAGGAGAAGAAGGCGAACCGGGCACAGGAAAUCCAGGUGGAGCUGGUGGCGGUGGUGGUGGUACACCCAAACCCAAAAUUGCUGCUGCAACAGCUGCCUUACCACAAAUCGGGCGAGUUGGAAACAUCCUAGGAAAGGGCAUUGGUGGGCUAAGCUCAAAACUGGGAGGCGGUGGCUGGUUUUAAACAAAAACAAAACAAUAGCUACAAACAAACCAAUCAUAACGACAUACAUGCAUAAAUAUACUCUCUUCCUGCAUACAUUUUUACAUAUAAACAUAUACAUAUAUCCACAUUAAGGGGCUUUUUCCAAGUUUUUGUUUGUUUUUAUUUUUGGCUCCAUUGACAAAAUAUUGUUCUAAACAUGAAAAACAAAUAGGUUUUGUUUUUACUUUCAACUUUCUUAAUGGUUUUUGAGUACAUUAGUGUCCUAAUUUAUUUAUUUUAAGCUCAAAAAAAAAAACAAACGAGAAUUUCUUGAUUUUGCAAAACCCAUCACUAUGGUAUUUAAACUGAACGAGAUGAUUAAUUAACCUCGUUCAAAAACUCGUGAAUCGUGAUAAACCAUAAGUUAUGGAUAAAUUUGAAAUUUUACUUAACUUAAAAUUCCAAUUUCGAUGUAAUCUCCCAAACUAACAAUUUUGUUUUUAUAAAGCUUUACAAAAUCUAUAUAAACACCUGUAAAGCUUUUCAGAAGGUAAAAUUGUUUGUUUAACUCUAACGUUAUUCAUAUUUAAAACAAUUUUUCGUUUUUAUAUGGAGAAAAAAAGUAUUAAAUAAAGCCACCCUAAUGUAGUGCAUAUAUGUAUGUAUAUAUAUAUAUGUAUUUAUAUGUGUAUAUAUAUAUAUAUAUAGAUCUAUACCAUAUAGGUAUAUAAUUACAGAUAUAAUUUAAACAAAAAUCAUUUAAAACAUUUUUCGGCUAGCUUCAAAAUUUAUACAUAGAAAUAAAAUAUCGGUACAUAUAUAAAUACAAAACCUUUAUUCAAAUUGAUUAGUUAAUUAAAAUUCAAUUCAAAAAAAUUAUUAAACAAAAAUUAUUUUCAAAUAUCAAGGUUUUCAAUAUAUACGAGUACACAAUAUUUGUAUCACCUUACACAAAAACUAUUCGAAACUAUAGAGCCUCCAAUCUCUCUCCCUCUUUCUCUCGCUCUCUAUCUCUCUCUUCAAUUCAGCGAUUCCUUCUUUAGUAUAAAAAAAAAAAUGUAUAAUUAAAUUGUGUCAUACAAAAUUUCUUCCCAAAAAAAAAAAAAAACAAAACAAAAAACUUAAACAAAUUAACCACUCAAAUUUAUUCUUCUAAAAUGUUAUAUAUAAAAAUAACACUUUCCAAUAGAUAAAUUGUUAUUUAUUUAGCACUUUGUUCGCUUUGAAAAUAAAAACUUAAAAACAAAAAUUAAUAAAAAAAAAAAAAAAAAACAAAAAAUAAUUACUUCAAAAACUAUAUAUUCUUAAAAUUUCAAGAUUGUUGAGUAAAUCAAAGCCAACAGAAAUAUAUAUAAAAAAAAUAUCAAACACCCACAGUUAAAUUCCUCUUAUCCAUCCAUCACCAUCACCCUUUAUGCUCUCUUCUGUAAAUUUAAUAUCAAAAUGGAGAACCUUCGAAACACAUAUAUAGAUACAAUAUCAACAUUACAUUAAAACAACGAGUUCCAAAUCACAGAAAACCAUUAAAAUACACACACACACACACACCUCAAGACCUAAGCCAUCACAACACAACAACAAAAAAUUCAAAACGGAAACAGGAAUCAGGAAAUAACUUAUGAAUUUCAACAGAAACAAAAGGCAAAUUACAAAUUACAUUGAGAGCGCAGAAAUGCAGAAAGGACCUUUGAAGCAAUAUACAGAAAACGAAUACUUAAAUUAUUAUAUUCAAGGAUAAUCUCUUCCUACUAACAAACAACAACAAUUAUAAUAGUUAAAUAUAGGUAAACACCGAAAAUGAAACACACACACAUACCUACUUAAAAAACAAAUACAAAAAAUAAACAACUCACAAUAUACAACAAAAUCAUAUCGGUUAUUUAAUAAUUUAUCUAAAAAAAAAAAAAAAAACUUAAAAUAUUUAUAUUAAA